UUUUCGCACGUAGCUAUGUACAGGUGCAAUGUGCAUGUGGCGCGGCCAUAAGCUGGCUGUCAUGCGUGGCUGUGGCACUCGGGGUUGCUUCGAGAACGCGAAAUCACUAACUCCGUGAUACUCCUUGCACAUGGAAGGCACUGCAGAAAAUCAAAGCACAGAUGUCCGAUAUGGCAAGCGUUUCGAGUCAGGUUAUAGUCAAGCCGGAGCCUGGGCUAAAACCCCUGGUGAACGGGGGGACGGAAGGGGACACGGAAGGGCACACGGAGAAGAAGCCGAAGCUGGAGGAGAUGACGUCCAAAGAUUACUACUUUGACUCAUACGCCCACUUUGGAAUCCACGAGGAGAUGCUGAAAGACGAGGUGCGAACCUUGACCUACCGCAAUGCCAUGUGGCACAAUAAGCACCUCUUCAAGGGCAAGACGGUGCUGGACGUGGGGUGCGGGACGGGGAUCCUCUCCAUGUUUGCCGUCAAGGCCGGCGCGGCACAGGUCAUAGGGAUUGAGUGCUCCAACAUCAUUGACCACGCCAUGAAGAUCGUCAAAGCGAACAAAAUGGAAGACGUGAUCACGUUAAUCAAAGGCAAGGUGGAGGAGGUGACCCUGCCGGUGGAGAAAGUGGACAUCAUCAUCAGCGAGUGGAUGGGGUACUGCCUUUUCUACGAGUCCAUGCUCAACACAGUACUAUUCGCGCGAGACAAGUGGCUGAAUAGAGGAGGGUUAAUAUUUCCAGACAGGGCGACUCUUCACAUCACAGCCAUCGAGGAUAGGCAGUACAAAGACGAAAAGAUUAACUGGUGGGACAACGUGUAUGGCUUUGACAUGAGCUGCAUCAGGGACAUUGCUAUCAGCGAGCCGUUGGUAGACGUGGUGGACCCCAAGCAGAGGGUGACUAACACCUUCCUCAUCAAGGAGAUCGAUAUGUAUACCGUGACAAUUGAUGACCUGACCUUCACAUCCAACUUCUGCCUGACCGUCCAGCGUAACGAUUACAUCCAGGCCCUGGUCACCUACUUCAACAUCGACUUCAGCAUGUGCCAUAAACGGAUCGGGUUCUCCACCUCACCAGACGCCCCCUACACUCACUGGAAGCAGACGGUGUUCUACAUUGAUGAUUACAUCACGGUGAAGCGGGGAGAGACUAUCAAUGGUGUCCUGUCCAUGAAGCCAAACAUCAAAAACAACCGAGAUCUGGACUUCACAAUAGAGCUGGACUUUGAAGGAGAGCUCUCACAGAUGAAACAAACCCUUCAGUACCACAUGCGGUAGGGCUUGGGGGGGGCUUCACAGAUGAAUGGAGGGAGGGGAAGCACCUGUUACCCUAUCUGCUCAGGUGCCGUUUUUAUAGGGGGCAGUCUGCUUACCUGUCUUUUUUUUUGUCCUUAUUUCUGUGCUCAGAGCUUCAGGUUGCUGAUUAACAGCGUCAUUGCUUGAAAAGAAAACUGAAAAUUCUGCCCAUUUCCGGGAAACCUUCCGAGCUUUGCAAAACCCCUUUCCCUUCGAAGGAAACCACGGCAAAUGCGGAGAACUUUUGCAUCUCAGGGACACUUUAGGCCCCAGGUAGAGUUGACCGUGGCUGGGCUCUGCCUACCUCAAUCCUGCAAAUUCCUCUGGCACGGGAAGGGAAAUGUUUUCAGACAUUUUCUUUCUCUCCAAAAGAAACAAAACGAUAUACCAUUUCCAAAUCUGUCAAAAUGGCAUCUCGGUGUUUAUUGUCAGAAAUCUAUGAAUUCAGUCUUGUAGCUGCCUUGCCGUAGUUAUUUUGCGCAGGGCUAUGAUGCCAUCCGAUUCAAGUGUCAGUUUGGUAGAUUCUAGGUGAAGUCCGGAAGGUUCCUAGCACAGCAAAGAAUGUCUCAGGGGCUCGGGGUUAACACAAGACAGACCUCUUGACGAGACAAGGAAAUGCUCUAAUUCUGUCAGUGGUGUACAUUUAUCGUUUGCCAUGCAACAUGAACACUGGAUACAUGACUGCCUAUAUGUGAUCAUUCAAGACUGUAGAAGGCAGAAGUAUGCUUAAUGUUGUCUUAUAAAUACGCCUCCAAGUUAUUUCAUUUUUUGUGUGCCUUGCCUCCAAUUUCGGGCCAUGGUACACCUCAAGCAGUGCCCUUAAGUCUGAGGUCCUGCCAACUUCUCAACCCGGGGUCCCGUCUAUUUGGGCGUACAAUCCCUGCUUUGACUAGCUGAUCCCAAUGGCAGUAAAAACAACAUCGGAUGGUCUGGGCGCCAGACUUGAUUUAAAAAAAAACCAGAAAACUGCUGAGAGAGAAUUAUGUCUUUGCUGGGCACAGCGCGCACAGUGUGUUUGAAGGGACCACAUUUCUAAUUUCUAAACUGGAAGCCUAUCUGGGAUUUCAACUUGUAACCAAACUCUUCGUGAAUUACUCGUUAUUCUUACGCCCCUCAAAGUGCCCGUUCUUUAACAAAUUGUUCCCCCCCCCCAAAAAUGUAGACAAAUAAGUAACUAAUUGCCGCACCAAGUUCAAGAAGUCUGAAUAAUUCCAAAUUAAUGAAAUAUAUUGGUACGCUUCCGUACAUGAUGUUCUUAACGGCUUUGUAAUUUGGCCCGCCCAGCUUGUGCUUGUGGUCGUAAAAAAAUAUUCCAGUUCAUCAAGUUGUUCAAUUCAAAGUUCACACUUUUUUGAUUGAAAGUAGAAGUAAAGUCUUAAAAGUAUACCAAGUUGAGAAUUGAACCAGAGAAUCAGGACAGUUAAACCUUGCAAAUUCCUGGGGGAGGGGUCAUCUACAUUUAAAAAAUAUAGCCAUGUCCAUAAUAGAGGCUUGGCGUGGUAGCCAUCUUUGGUGUCAGUUCUUUUGUUCUGUAAUGGGUAUUUGCUUGGCCAGCACUCCUAGCAUUUAUGUCCUGCAGUACCUAGCGUUACCUAGUCGUUCUCGGCUGAACAGAAUUUGUUCCCGAUACGAACGGGGCUUGUUUCAGUUCAAAGAUAAGCGUUGCAGGAAUUUAAGACUGAUUAUCGCAAAGUCAGAUCAGAUUCACAGCUGCAGUAGUCGUCGUUCUCCGCGAUGACUGUCAGUUGUCUGACAGUCGAUCGCGGACCUGAGAAACCUAGGUUAUCCUUUAACAGAAGUGCUACAGUCUAUCCCAGGCCUGUGUCUGAAAUGAUUCCUUAAAGACAAGUGACGUGGUUUACACAGAAAGUCAAAGACAGUGGUGCAUUCUCUUAUUGUAAAGCCCGUUUUUUUUCAUGCGUGCAUGCCGUUGUCCCCCGGUUACCAGCCGUGCUCCAGGUAAUAAAGCUCAAUGUGUCGGACUUGUGAAAUUUCUUGUUUUUUAAUUAACCCUUACUAUGCCGAGUCCAACAAGAUUCUUUGCAGUUUACGCAAAACCUUGGGGGGUUACCUUGCAGAAUCUUGAGAGUCGCGUUCAAGUGUCAAGUUUAACCGUAAUUUAAUAUCAUGUGUGUUAUCUUCUUUUGUUAACUUUUUCUUUGUAUAGUUACAGUCCUUUUAAUUAAAUCUUUGGGCGUGUGCUGCCUUGAAAGGGGAAAAAAA